UGCAGAUGCAGUAAUGCAUAUACCUUGAGUUUUAUGGUUUAGCUUUUCACUGAACUGGAGCUUCUUUGAAUUGUUGGCAGCGGACUGAGAAGCAAUAGUGAAAUUUGAUCUAUACACAAAGGUUAGCAACAGACUGUAGAACAUGUUUAAAAACACUUUUCAGAGCGGAUUCCUCUCCAUCUUGUACAGCAUCGGCAGCAAACCUCUGAAGAUCUGGGACACGCACGUGAAAAAUGGCCACGUCAAUACAAUCAUGGAUGAAGACAUUCGCUCCUCUGUGUUGGAAAUCGGAGGGGUGAACGUGAGCACCACCUACAUCACGUGUCCUGCAGAACCAGAGAAGACACUGGGCAUCAAGUUUCCUUUUCUGGUCAUGACCAUAAAGCACCUCAAAAAGUAUUUCUCUUUUGAGGUCCAGGUGUUGGAUGAUCAUAAUGUCCGGCGUCGUUUUCGGUGGAGUAACUUUCGGACCGCGACACAAGUGGGGCCGUUCAUCUGCACCAUGCCCAUGAAGCUGGAUGCUGGAUGGAAUCAGCUUCAGUUAAACCUUUCAGACUUCACCAAUAAGGCAUAUGGAACGAAGUAUGUCGAGACGGUGCGUGUACAGAUCCACGCCAGCCUUCGAAUCAGGAGGGUGUAUUUUACUGACAGACAAUACUCUGAGGACGAGACCCCAGCAGAGUUUAAACUUGACAUGAAAAAUCAGAAGGCCAAGGAAUAGACCUUCUUCACCUCUCAUUUCCUCCAUUCUUCUUCUUCUAUCUGCUUCAUUCUCCUUCUGAUAAAUAAUUGUCGUUAAAUGGUAAACGCAGUUGCUAUUUUUGGCAAUAGAAACAAAGAAAAAUAGACAAGUUCAUUCAUCAAAUAUAAAUGAUCUUUAUCCAACAACACAAAUCAUUUAAAAAAAAAGCAGUGG